UCAUUCUCUCGAUGAUAUACCUUGGAAUAAAAAAUUUCUCUCAGACUCAGUUUGAAGCUAUAGGCAUCUGCAGCGUCACUUGAUACUAAGCCACGUUCUUCAAACAAAAAUUUAAUUGUCAGAUUCUGUUUGUAUUGUGAUUAGAGAUGCCAUUAUUCGGUCGAUAUUGUAACAGCAAAGCACGUUUAGUCGGUAAAACAGUUAUUAUAACCGGUGCUAAUAGUGGCAUUGGAAAGGAAACUGCACGGGACCUUUACAGGAGAGGAGCCAGAGUGAUCUUGGCAUGCAGAGAUAUGGCCAGAGCCAAUGCUGCUGUAGAGGACAUAAAAAAGAUUCAGCCUUCUAAACCUGGCCGAGAAAAGUUCGUCGGGGGGCCUGGCGAUCUCGUUGUUUACAAACUGGAUCUGAACAGCUUGGCGAGCAUCAGGGAAUGUGCGAAGCAGAUAUGGAGAACAGAAUCAGCUGUUCAUAUUCUCAUCAACAACGCCGCGGUGAUGAUGGUUCCUAAGGGGGUUACUGAAGAUGGCUUCGAGAUACAAUUUGGUAUCAAUCACCUGGGCCACUUUCUCUUUACACUGUUACUCCUGCCGAAGAUCAUUCAAAGUCAAAGGAGAGGGGAGACCUGCUGCAGAAUCAUCAACGUUUCGUCAUCAGCUCAUAAUUUAGUGAAAAUCAACGUUGAAGACCUUAUGUCGGACAAGACAUACAACCCUUUCAUGGUCUACUGCCGCAGCAAGAUUGCGAACAUAUUAUUUACACGUGAAUUAACUCGCAGAUUGAAAGGAUGUUGCAUUUCAGAGGCAAAUAUCGCGGGUGUAAACACCUACACACUUCAUCCGGGUAUCUUCAAGUCCAACCUCAGCCGUCAUUUUGAUGAAGUUUUGUUUCGGGGUGUAAAAUUUUUCAUCAGAAUAGGGGAAUUUUUUGUAAAGAAUGCGAAAGAGGCUGCCCAGACAACUAUCCAUUGUGCCGUCGAUGAGGGUGCCGCAAAAGAGACGGGUCUCUACUACAGUCAAUGCGCAGUGGCUCAACCUUCAAACGCGGCACAGGACGAUUUGACGGCAGUCAAACUUUGGGAUGCAAGCAUUGAACUUGUUGGUCUUCCAACUAACGAUUUAAAGGAUCUGGUCCAAAAAAUUUCCAGGGAAUAUGCCACUGUAUGUCACCAAGUACCUGUUAAGGACUACAGUUAUUACAUUAGUAUUAAUUUGGAUAAAAAUUGUAUAGUAGGUCCCAAAGUGAUGCCAAUAUACGAUUAUGUCAACAUAUCUGAAAAGUGCGCUGUAUUAGCAAAAAAUUUUAUCUUCUCAGCGCAUCGAUUUGAAUUUUGUUGCGUUUGUUCGUCAAGGAUAAAUAAUUGCAGGAAAAAUCCCCCGAGCACUAGACGUUGCAUGAUUUCUGAUCUGAAACCACACGUGUGUUUGAAUGUGGAAAUAAUCACAGCUCAGGCUCAGGCAAAGAUAAUCGACUCCGUAGUUUUUCACAAAAAUUCAUUAAUUAUCCAUCAUUGGAAGAGCACGAUGACGAUCAUCAGCCCAAAACUAUUACUCAUGGGAAGAAAGUUAUCCGUAGUACCGUUCGAUCUGCUCCCCCACUGUGGUACUUUCAACACACCAACAGCAUCGCACAUACACGAUAAGCAGCAGUAUGUUCGUUCCAAAGUUAGCUACGACGGGUUCGCCUGUAAUUGGCGAUUGCCACUUACUCCGAGUGGUGAUUGGCUCAGCCGAUGGCUGGUGAACAACGUCCAAGUUCAACACUCUUUAUCACCUUCAGUGUCCUGGAUAGAGCAGCAUCAGCCGCGCGUGAUUUUGGUUCUUUGUCAGUCAACGCCCAGUAUUAACUCCGUUACAGGAAACUGCAGUUGUGGAGAAGGUUUUCUUUCUGAAAUGUGGCCGUUUAGUCGAUCGUGUCAAAGCACGGCUCGCUUAGUCGGGAGAACCGUUGUCAUAACCGGUGCCAAUACGGGGAUCGGAAAGGAAACCGCGAGGGAUCUUUACAGAAGAGGCGCCAGAGUGGUCUUAGCAUGCAGAGAUCUGAACAAGGCCAAUGCCGCAAUUGAGGAAGUGAAAAGCGUUCCACCCUCAAAUCCGACCCGGGAACAAUUCGUCGGAGAUCCUGGUGAGGUUGUCGCUUAUAAAUUGGACCUGAACAGUUUAGCCAGUGUCAGAGAAUGUGCGAAGCACAUUUCGACGACCGAGUCAGCUGUUCACAUUCUUAUCAACAAUGCUGGGGUAAUGAUGUGUCCGAAAGGGCUUACGGAAGAUGGCUUCGAGACUCAGUUGGGCACCAAUCACCUCGGGCAUUUCCUCUUCACACUGCUGCUUCUGCCAAAGAUCAUUCAAAGUCGAAAGGACUCAGAGCCCUGCUCCAGGAUCAUCAAUGUUUCAUCCAUGGCUCACGAACGAGGUGACAUCAACUUCAACGAUCUGAUGUCAGAGAAGUCGUACAGUCCAAUGCAGGCCUACAAUCAGAGCAAGGUGGCCAACGUGUUGUUCACACGAGAAUUGGCUCGCCGAUUGAAAGAGGCGAACAUCACCGGUAUUAACGUUUAUACCCUCCAUCCGGGGGUCAUUAAGUCUGAGCUGGGUCGUCAUCUCGGUGCAGGUUCCAGAUUUUUGCUUGGAAUUUUCCGACCGUUCCUCAAGAAUGUCGAGCAAGGAGCUCAGACAACCAUUCACUGUGCAGUUGACGAGGAAGCAGCCAAGGAGACGGGUCUUUAUUACAAGGAGUGUGCGCCAACCUCACCUUCAUCCGUGGCACUAGAUGACGCGAAAGCAGCCAGACUUUGGGACACAAGCAUAAAGUUGGUUGGUCUUCCAACCCACAAUUUGCCCGAGUUGAUUGAGCAGGUUUCCAAGGAUUAUAUCAAGUGAACGGCUCACUGGCAAUUGGGAUAAGAGUGUGCAUGAUAUUCUGGGCAAGUACUGUCCGUGGCAUCUUGUGGAUGUUGAACAGCUGCUCUCUUCGAUCAAAAACAGUAUAAAUUAUUUUUAUUUACGAUUUAAAUUCUGUAGA